GAGCUCUGCGAGCUCCUCGCUUUCAAGCGUCGCAAGGAGAAGACGGUGGGGCCGAUGACCAACGCUCAACUGGCAACUGCUUUCCGGGAGGGCGUGCAGCAGUCGGACGACGCAGAGACCAUCUCGGACACUUACGUCCAGAUGGCCAACCUCGUGGACAAACGCAUCAUGAACCUCCCCGACGUCGUGGCCCUGGUCUUUGAGCUCGAUGCGAAGUUCGGCCAAACGAACCCCAUCAAUGCGUUGACCAAGAUAUACAACAUAGCCUUGAAGGCAAAAGAUGAUGAGAAAGUGUUUUGGGCAGUCGCAACGAUCCACGACGCCUGGAUGAGCGGGGCCAUGCACGGCGAGACGCUGUCCUUGAGGUACAUCCAGGGCACGGGGCCCCAGUCUGGUGGGAAGGGCUUCAUCGACCUUACGAACCAGAAGCUGGAGCUGAAGAAUUAUAUCAUCUCGGAGUUCAUCGAUUCCUACACGCAGUGGGGGCCCCAAAUUCGGCAGAAAAUGCGCUCGGUGUUGACCUCGCACAAGGCCUACCGCCAAGCCUGUGGAUUCACUGACGGCGACGGCGACAUCACCUUCCGGGGGACUUGGCCUGGGUCCGCGGAGAACGCGUUCCAGCUCUGCGAG